AUGAACACUCAAGCAAGGCCCGUCUCCGGCAGCCCGGUACCACUUGUCAUUAAUGGCCGUGAUGUGACAACGGAAAGAACAUUCCCAGUGAUCAGCCCCAUCUCGACCAGCGAGAUUUGGACGUGCUCUUCGGCUAGGAGCGAACACCUGGCAGAGGCUGUCUCAUCGGCCCACAACGCCUUCCAAGCUUGGUCGGCCACCAAGCCGAGCACGCGACGAGACAUCUUCCUCCGUGCCGCAGAGGUCAUCGCGGAAAGGAGAGAAGAGCUGGGUGGGUACAUGCAUCAAGAAAUUGGUGCCGAUAAAGCUUAUCAGGAUUUCAUUCUGGGCCUGACCAUCGAGGGCCUGAAGGACACAGCUGGGAAAAUCGCAGGGGCCCUCCAAGGGGAGGUCCCCGUGUCGAACCACGAUGGAAGGCGCGCGGUGAUCUACAAGAGGCCAUAUGGUGUUGUGUUGGGAAUCGGACCUUGGAAUGCUCCGUAUCACCUUGGUUUCCGCGCCGUCACUUUCGCCCUGGCCGCAGGGAACACCACGAUCCUGAAGGGCCCUGAGCUCUCGCCGCGAUGCUACUGGGCAAUAGCCGAUGUCUUUCGACAGGCAGGACUCCCGGACGGAUGCCUAAAUCUGAUAUUCCAUCGGCCGGAAGACGCAGGUCCGGUGACAGAGCAGCUUGUCAAGAAUGUCCACGUGAGAAAGAUCAAUUUUACCGGCAGCUCUCAUGUCGGCAGCAUCAUCGCGGCGCUUGCCGGCAAACAUCUCAAGCCGUGCCUCAUGGAACUUGGCGGAAAGGCGAGCGCUAUUGUCAUGCCGGAUGCCGACCUCGACACGGCCGCCCUGAGCUGUGCUGCUGGCCAGAUCUGUAUGUCUACUGAGCGCAUCCUUGUCCACUCGUCGGUUGCUGCUGCGUUCCAGUCCCUUCUUGGCCGGGCUGUCCGUCGAACAUUCGAAGGCCCCUCGAAUACUCCAAGAGUGAUAACAGCUGGCUCUGCCAAGCGGAAUCGCGCUCUAGUCGCUCAGGCUCUAUCCAAGGGCGGCGAGGUGCUGCAUGGAGGUAGUGACGCUACCCCGGCCAACGGCACCGAAACCAUGAUGCCUCCCGUCAUUCUCACCAAGAUGACAAAAGAAAUGGAUCUAUACCAGUCCGAAUCCUUUGGACCCAGCGUCUCGCUUUUUACGUUUGACACUGAAGACGAGGCCAUAGAACUUGCAAACGACACCCCGUACGGCCUGUCUGCCGCCGUGUUCACUGAGGACCUGAAAUUAGCAUUGCGCGUGGCGGACAGACUGGAGUCUGGAGCAGUGCACAUCAACUCCAUGACUGUACACGAUGAGCUUGCUCUUCCCCAUGGGGGCAUCAAGAAUAGCGGGUUUGGACGUUUCAAUGGGUACCAUGGCCUAGAUGAGUUCUUAUAUUAG